AUGAUAUAAAAAUUAAGGGAAAUCUUCAAGUAAGAUUCCGAAUUCAUUCAAUUCUUAAAGCAGAGUUGCCUCACUAAAGACAAUUAAGUGUACCAUUAAGAGGACUUUGAGUUUCUAUUGUAAUAUAUGAUUAAAGAGAGAAAUCUCAGGGAUUUUUUUGAGUUCUAUUCCAAUUUGGAGAUGUAGACUUAUAAUACUAAAAUGAAAAUGCUAAUUAUCACUCAUUAGUUUAUUCAUUCAAAUGAAGAGUUCUCUAAAUUAUUUACUACUUUACGAUUAACAAAUUUUUGCUUACUCAAACACAGCCAUAGAAAUUACGAAACUUGGUUACUCUUUAAUAUAUAAAUUCCAUUUUUAUCUUACUUAUAAAAAUUGGCCAUCAGCUAAAAAGAGAUUAAAAGUUACAAAACCUGCAUUUUUAGAAAAUAACAAAAUUCUAACAUUGUAAUCGACAGUUUUAAAAUCAUAAAUAUCGUCAAUGUGGCUCUCUCUCUUGUAUCUAAUUUGAAGACAGCUUUAUUAAACUACCCCUAUGAUAUACUACUAUAAAGAUUAUCCUUUAAUUUGUAUUAAGAAAUUCAAGGAUUUCAAAAGAAUUUAAUAAAUUCCAUGAUCUUAAUCUAGAAAGAGAACCCUAAAAUCUAAAAUGUUGAGAUGUAUGAACUCUUAAGAGAAAUUAAUUUCAUUGAAUAGAGAAUGAUAUACUAUCAUUAAUUUCGAAACCUAUAUGACCCGAAAGAAAGUCUUCUGUCUCCCCUGUAGACCUAACAAUAAUUUGAGUACUAUAAAACCCAACUAAUACAACAUGAUUGUAAAACUGAAACAAAGAAGGAGUACCUUCAAAGAUCCCCCAGGACAAGAUAAUCGACCGGGGGAGAAGCAACAUCGCCGAAGAGUUAGAGGAUGUUAAACUAUUUUGAGCCAUAAUCUUCACCUAAGAAAUACAUUAAAAAAUAGGUAAUGGUCAUUCAAGAAGAAUCUGAAAUAUAGAUAGAUUAAAUAUGA